AUGCAGGCGGAGAACCCCAGGAGAACCCCAGGAGAACCCCAGCACUCCUCCAGGGACGAGACAACCACAACCGCCCCCACAAAUCCCCACAAGGUGACUCCCAGUCCCCACAAGGUGACUCCCAGUCCCCACAAGGUGACUCCCAGUCCCCACAAGGUGACUCCCAGACCCCACAAGGUGACUCCCAGUCCCCACAAGGUGACUCCCAGUCCCCACAAGGUGACUCCAAGCUCCCACAAGUCCCCACAAGGUGACUCCCAGUCCCACAAGGUGACUCCCAGUCCCCACAAGGUGACUCCCAGUCCCCACAAGGUGACUCCCAGUCCCCACAAGGUGACUCCAAGCUCCCACAAGGUGACUCCCAGUCCCCACAAGGUGACUCCCAGUCCCCACAAGGUGACUCCCAGUCCCCACAAGGUGACUCCAAGCUCCCACAAGUCCCCACAAGGUGACUCCCAGUCCCACAAGGUGACUCCCAGUCCCCACAAGGUGACUCCCAGUCCCCACAAGGUGACUCCCAGUCCCCACAAGGUGACUCCAAGCUCCCACAAGUCCCCACAAGGUGACUCCCAGUCCCCACAAGGUGACUCCCAGUCCCCACAAGGUGACUCCAAGCUCCCACAAGGUGACUCCCAGUCCCCACAAGGUGACUCCCAGUCCCCACAAGGUGACUCCCAGUCCCCACAAGGUGACUCCCAGUCCCCACAAGGUGACUCCCAGACCCCACAAGGUGACUCCCAGUCCCCACAAGGUGACUCCCAGUCCCACAAGGUGACUCCCAGACCCCACAAGGUGACUCCCAGUCCCCACAAGGGAGGAAACACACUGCAGCUGAAGCAGCAGCUCUCUGGGCAGCAGGAAAACGUCCAGCCAGAGACCUGA